AGAGCCCACGGUUCAACAGUGAUAGCGCGCGAGACUCCGGCCGGGCCUCGGAUAUCAUGCUUUUUCAGAUUCCUUUUCCCAAGUGUCAAUCGAAACAAGUGCAGUCAAAUUUGCUCAAAUUUCACUAUGUUCUGAUGUAUUGUGAUUGACUAAGUUCCGUCGUGAAACGUAUACUCUUGUGUGUUCUCCGAAAAGAAUUCGUUUCGAACUUUACGGUCCGGUUCGAACUGGUGUUCUAAUUUCGUGUGUGAUCGCCUGUGCGUGCUGCACUUAUCUAUAGUGUCAAUUGCAAUCGUAAUAGCGUACGGCAUGGUGUUGUGAUUACUGGGCGGUGAUCGAGUUUGAGGAUGCAAAGACUGUGAUAAAAGGCGAAGCGCGAAUGAUGUUGAGUCAAAAUCAGCAUGCUCCAGGAAUGAGUCCUUUGUUGCCUAGUUUCGGGUUCACCCAAGACCAGGUCGCCUGUGUGUGCGAGGUUCUUCAGCAGUCCGGGAACAUCGACCGACUGGGGAGGUUCAUCUGGUCGUUGCCGGCUUGCGACAAGCUCCACAAGAAUGAGAGCGUCCUCAAAGCCAAGGCCAUGGUCGCCUUCCACAAAGGCAACUUCAAGGAACUUUACAAAAUUCUCGAGAAUCACUCCUUCUCCCCGCACAACCACCCCAAGCUCCAAGCGCUCUGGAUGAAAGCCCACUACUUGGAGACGGAGAAACAGAGGGGUCGACCCUUGGGCGCCGUCGGGAAGUACCGCGUCCGGAGAAAAUUCCCGCUGCCCAAGACGAUCUGGGACGGGGAGGAGGUCAGUUAUUGCUUUAAGGAAAAGUCCAGGACUGUGCUUAGAGAGUGGUAUACUCAUAACCCGUAUCCUAGUCCCCGAGAGAAGCGGGAGUUGGCCGACUCCACCGGGUUAACAACCACGCAAGUCUCGAAUUGGUUCAAAAAUAGAAGGCAGCGGGAUCGCGCCGCCGAACAGAAUAAGGACGGGUCAUCCGUGAGGAGCCCGUCUGGAGUGGGCGAUGGUAGUGAUAAGAUGGGCUGUUUAGGUGGUCCCAACUCAACGCUCGACUCCAAUGAGUCCUCGGAGUCCAUCGACGGCGAUCUUCACCAUCACAUGAAAACUUCAAUCCCUCCAAAUCACAAUAUGGUCUCAUCUCAGGAUGCUUUAUCGCACCACGAUCUGUUCUCGAGCGUGAGCGAGUUGAAGCCGAGUCCUGCUAGUCUCUCGGCGACCGUCAUGUCCAACGCAGCGGUAGCCGCAGCGUAUCAAUCUCAAAUCAAUUUAGUCAAUGCUCGUCCCAUCGGCGCCGAGCUCUCCCGCGGCACCGGCCCGACCUCCGCCUACAUGCAAUCCGACACUGCGAUGCUCCAGGAUUAUCACUCCUUGUGACAAUGGGCCACUGGCUAUGCGCAUAGCCAGUGAUAGCCCCGUGUGAUAAACCGUCCGAUGAAGUAGUUGUUAAUCCUUUUCCUUUUCUGGUUCUAUUCCGAGUCCUCGUUCAGCUUCUCUUCAUUCAAACACUCCUCCCAUUUUCCGGAACUUCGCCCGAAUUUUAGAACUUUCAAUUUUUUUAAGAAGUCCGGAACUAUUCGCGGAGUGUUUUAAAAGUUCCAAAACUUUUCCCGACAUUUUUUAAAUUUUCCGGCACUUUUUCUGGAAUUUUUGAAAUUUCCGAUGUAUCCCGGAACUUUUCCGGACGCAACGGGACGAUGCGUUGGGGACGUUUACUUCGUUUGUUUGUCAUUCAUGGUCCUUUCUUUCUAACUCUAUUUUUCAAACUUACACUUCAUGUACCUUGCCCAUAGAGAAAAAUAAAGCACAAGAAAACAAAGCAUGAAAUACGAAUUCAAUAGAUUAAAAAAAAAAACAAAAAACAAAAGUGUGCGGACAAGGCUAUA